AUGGCGAACGCGACGACAUCUGGAGACCUACAACUUGCGGCGGCCGCUGCAGGAUUUUCCCUCGGAUUCGGAUGGCUGACUGUGGUUCGCGCCUACAAGCAGACGAGGGCGAAUAGGGCUCCUGCCCGGAGUACCUACAUUUACAUGCUCUGGGGGGAGAUCCUGUCAAACCUCGUCCUCGGCAUUUUGACCUGGUUGUAUCUGAAGGACGUUGUGAAGACCACGCCGGUCCUCCUCUUCUUCAUCCUGGUCUUUUACGCGCUGGAGGUUCAGCUCCUUAUGCAAAUUAUCAUCAACCGAAUCGCCGUCAUCGCCGAACGCAGACCUACCGCAACGAAACUCAAGAUCGUAACUGCCGUAUUAAUAUCAUGUAUCAACAUCGCCGUAUUCUGCAUCUUCAUUCCGAGCCAUUUGAUGCCUCCGGUCAACCAAACCUACGUCCACAUCAACCGUUAUUGGGACCGACUAUCCAAAGUCUUGAUCAUGCUGGUCGAUGCUUUCUUGAACUGGUACUUCGUCUACGUCGUCCGAGCUCGUCUGGUCAAAUACCAUGGUCUACGGAAAUACAAGCCUCUUGUUGCAUACUAUACUCGCUUAGGCCUGGUAUCGGUCGCUAUGGAUGUUAUGCUUAUUGGACUCAUGUCCUUGAGAAACCAUACGCUUUUCGUCCAAUUUCACCCGGUUGCAUAUAUGGUUAAGCUGAAUAUCGAGAUGAGUAUGGCAGAUAUGAUUGUCAAAGUCGCUCGCACAUCGGAAAACGACGUCAGACCAAAAUCGUCCUCUCAAACGCCAUUCCCAGAACGAUCGUAUCAUCAGCAUACCCUACAUGGUGACGACGGGAUGAACAUCGGUCCCAAGAACACUGCGGUCAUUGGCCACUCGCAACUCGAUCACAUACAACGAGAAGACAUCAAAGGCAUCAAUCGCCAGACCGAAGUCCAAGUCUAUGUCGGAGAUUCAGACAGCGACUUCCGAACCGACAGUAUUGAGCAGGGCAAGGACCAGAACAAGAGCGAUCGAAACUCGUACGAGUCACAGGUCCCUUUGAAAGAUCUGAACCGGCCUACAAACGAGCAGUAA